CCUCCAGGGGGCGGGCGCGCGCCCCGCAGCCGCCGCAGCGGCAGCCACGUCAGCGCGGCGUCUGUCCGGGGCCGAGCGCAGGAUGGAGAAGGCGGCGGCGGCGGCCCUCGGGGCCGAGUUGGGCGUGCGGAUCGCCCUGUUCGCGGCCUUCCUGGUAACAGAGCUUCUCCCUCCCUUCCAGCGGCUGAUCCAACCAGAGGAGAUGUGGCUUUACCGGAAUCCGUAUGUGGAAGCAGAGUAUUUCCCUACCAAGCCCAUGUUUGUCAUUGCAUUUCUCUCCCCACUGUCUCUGAUCCUCCUGGCCAGAUGUCUCAAGAAGGCGGGCGGGACAGACAGCAGACAGGCCUGCCUGGCUGCCAGCCUUGCCCUGGCUCUGAACGGUGUCUUUACCAACACAAUAAAACUGAUAGUGGGCAGGCCACGCCCAGACUUCUUCUACCGCUGCUUCCCGGAUGGGCAAGCCCAUUCUGACUUGAAGUGCACAGGAGACAAGGACGUGGUGAAUGAGGGCCGGAAGAGCUUCCCCAGUGGACAUUCUUCCUUUGCAUUUGCUGGUCUGGCCUUUGCUUCCUUCUACCUGGCGGGGAAGUUACAUUGCUUCACGCCACAAGGCCGUGGGAAGUCUUGGAGGUUCUGUGCCUUUCUGUCGCCUCUCCUCCUCGCAGCUGUGAUUGCACUUUCCCGCACCUGUGACUAUAAGCAUCACUGGCAAGACGUACUAGUUGGAUCCAUGAUUGGCCUGACAUUUGCCUAUGUCUGCUACAGGCAGUAUUAUCCUCCGCUGACUGACGCAGAAUGCCAUAAACCAUUUCGGGACAGACUUGUACUUCCCAUUGCACAGAAGCCUGGUGAUCCUUAUCAUUUUAGUAUUUAGAAAUUGGAACUACCUCAGUGGAGAUCAGACCUGCCCAAAUGCAUCAACUCUGCCAACUGGCUAAGGCAGGAAAGAAAAAUUACAGAUGUGGUUAUCUAGCGGAAAAAUGAACUUUCUGUGACCCUUCUUCAAAUGGGAUAUAAGGAACAAUUUUACAGGAGAUGCUACAGGACCUACAAGUACCUUUCUCUUUACAAUCGUACUUUAAAUAUAACCUUGGCUUAUGUGUUUCUGUAUCUUCAGUGUGUCUUUUUCCUUCAAUAAAUGUGAUAUUCAAAGAAGAUGGUGA